UACUAAUUACAUGGCAUUUUAACACUGACAUCAAGACAUGGAAAAUGAAUUGUUUUCUGAAAGAUCUAAUAACCUGCUGAAUUUUAUUGUGCAGCCUAAAAAAGAAAAAAACAAAUAUGGAACAAAACAUGUAAUGUAAAGCUUCUACAUAUAUUACAUAUGCAGUAGAGAAAAUUGAAAUAAAUGCAGUUGUACAGGAUAAAAACUAAUUAGAUAAUACAAACAUUUGAUAGCGACUAUUUUAUUUAUCUUCAGACGGGUUACAAACAAAUAAAAAAUGGAUGAGUCUGCAAGAAUUGUGAUGUGUAUUGGCGAUAUUUUAAUUAAAAGGGAACCAGAUGAAGAAGAAGAAGAUAAAAAAUCUGAGGCAAUACAACAAAGUGAAAGUGAAAGUAGAAAAGCAGAUGUUGAUGAUUCUAACUCAACAUUUGGGACAGGGAAUUCUAGUAAUUCUGUAAUUAAAACGGAGACAACUGAUGAGAAAGAUCAUGGAAAACAGAUGAAUACAUGUACAUCAGGAAAUGUUCGCCCUGGCACAUGUACAACAGGGAAUUUCCCCCCUGGUAUAUAUCCAGCAAAAAAUUUUCCAUCUGGUACAUGUAUACAUCAAGCAAAAAAAAUUCCUGGUCAGCUUAACAAACAAAAUACCAUCAAACAUCAGAACUAUAAUGUAAUGCGGCAAUUGUUAGCAUGGGGGUCAAAUAAUAGGAUGAGAGGUAAAUACAAACCUGAUGACAUUAAUGAUAUGUUACAUGAUUCCAGCAAUCGAACUGAUAAACAAUCACUGAUCGUGACAACUUUGGCUGAUGUUGUAAAUGUGAAACCUUUAAUAGUAAUAGACCCAGGAAAAGAUUAUGAUUAUAACUGUAUAGAAUGUGGCAAGAUAUUGAAUCCUCCUUUUCAUCAAUGUUUAUGGCAGUGUAAAAAAUGCUCUUUUACCAGUGUAUGUAUGAUUUCAUUCAAAGCCCACUAUAACAGACGUCAUAAUGGUACUUUGGGACCAUUGAACAAAGUCAACCAACCAUGUAUUCAGGACAUGUCUGUGGAUAAUAAUUUGCUUUUGUGUACAUGUGGAAAAUGCAAAUCUUUUCAUUCUUGUAAUCCAAAAGAAAUGUGUGAUCAUUUGAAUGAAUGUGCUAUGAAAGGAAACAAGAGCUGUUUUACUGUAUCAGUUUUUGAUAAAACUGACAGUACUCAUAGUGCUGCCACCACACAAAUUGCACCUCCAAAUCCUGUAUCAGACCCAGUAACUCCUUUACAGAAUGUUGAUAGUCAGGAGAGUCCAUUACAGGCUAGUAAUUCAACUCUCAAUGGUAUGUUAAAUGAUGGAUAUAGUGCAUCUAAGAUACUACAGAAAAAUAAAACUGACAGUACUCAUAGUGCUGCCACCACACAAAUUGUACCUCCAAAUCUUGUAUCAGACCCAGUAACUCCUUUACACAAUGCUGAUAGUCAGGAGAGUCCAUUACAGGCUAGUAAUUCUACUCUCAAUGGUAUGUUAGAUGAUGAAUAUAGUGCAUCUAAGAUACUGCAGAAAAUUCUUGUAGAAGCAAAGCAUGCAGAGUCAAAGAAUUCAUCAACAGCACAAGAAAAAAUACCAUCAGCUCUUCAGAACAUUAAUUCAAUAGAAAAUCUGGCUUUUCUCAAGUCCAAAUUUCACGGUCUGUCUGAUACACCACAUCAAGAUGUAUCAAGAGAUGGACAAGAUUCAGUGAGGACAACAGAACCAAGAGAAAAACUGACUUCCAUUGACUCUAAUCUGAAUACAGCUGAAAUAUUUACGAAUGUUGUCAAUGUUAUGCAUCAAGAACCUGGCAUCCAGUCUCAAAAAGGGCCAGGUGUUUCAAACAAACCUACAGCGCCAAGAUUAUUGCUGGCUAACAAUGAUGGCAGGACUGCACUAUCACCAAGAGAUGAACUUACAUCUGAACAUUUGCAUCAUCAUUCUGAAUCAGAUAAUUCAGUUCCAACAGAAUUUAAACCCUCCAUCACACCUGGAAAUUCUGAUGUUUUAAACCAAAAUUUUGUUCCUCAUUUCAAUAUUGAGAAUUCAGUUCCAACAGAAUUUAAACCCUCCAUCACACCUGGAAAUUCUGAUGUUUUAAACCAAAAUUUUGUUCCUCAUUUCAAUAUUGAGAAUUCAGUUCCAACAGAAUUUAAACCCUCCAUCACACCUGGAAAUUCUGAUGUUUUAAACCAAAAUUUUGUUCCUCAUUUCAAUAUUGAGAAGUCAGUUCCAACAGAAUUUAAACCCUCUGUCACAUCUGGAAAUGUUGAUGAUUUAAACCAUCUUCCUCAGAAUCCAACUCAGAGUAUGGCCCCAGGAUAUGCCCUGAAUAAUGCUCCCAAUACUGUUCAACAUGUUCCAGGACUUUCAGUAGAACCUUCUAUAGUAAUGCUAAAUGGAGUACCACAUAUGUUAUAUGCAUAUAACCCACAAGGUGUAAAUCAGAAUACAUCACCAAUGUCAAUGGUUUAUUCCACUGUGUCACACUUGAAUGCAUCAAAUACAUUUUCACAGGUACAGUCCUUUGGACUGCCAGACACGCAUUUUACUUCCUUGUCAGAUAAUAACUCUCUGAAUUCAUCUAUGCCUCAACAUCUAAAUACUAGUAGAGCGAAUCCAGUUGCGGAAAACAUUGCCACUUCCAGUUUUGCACAAGUGAAAGUUGAGAGCACAGAUGCAUCUGAAAAUGUCCAUUUUUCUGUGGGACCAGUUAAAACUGAGAGUAUACCGGUACCUGUAGAUGAAAAUGUCCAAUUGGAAAAAGGUGGCUCGAGGGGUGAAAAUAACGUUGGAUUUCAAUUUAGGCAUAUAUCAAACGGAUUAGUUACACCAGCUGGUACUGCUAACUACCAAAAUAUCAACAACCAGCCAGUUAGUAUAGUCAAAUUUGUGCAACAACAGAAUACGUUGCAGAUGCAAGGAAUAAUGUCGCAGACAAACAUCAACAAUUCACAGCAACUUUUACAAGGUGCAGCCCUUAGUCACAUGAUAGAACCAGUAUUGGAACUGAAAGAUGGUAAAGUGCAGUUAAAACUCCGCCUGAGACAACCAAAUCAGAUUGCUGGAGGACUGAUCCAAAGUCCACCCAAUAAUUUUGUAUCAUUGCCUUUAAACUCAGUUAAUGAAAGGGAUCAAAACCAGACUAUGCAAAACACAACUCAGACAAGCAACUCAGCGGAAGCCACAGUAUUGCCAGAUAUGCCAAAUCAUAAGAAAAGAAAAAGAAAAGGUACACAUUCAGAAACUGAAGAACUUAGUCUGAAGAAAAGACCAGUAAUAACAGUAAAAAAUCUUAUACAGAAACGAAGAGAAGUUGUACCAGAAACUGAAGUAACAAAUCUUAUACAGAAAACAGCAGAAAUUUUACCAGAAACUAAAGAAUUUGGUCUGACGAAAAAUCAAGCAAUAGCAGUAACAAGUCAAAUAAAGAACACAGAAGAAAAUUUAUCAAAAACUGGAGGACAAAAGAAAUUCGAUAAAUUUAGUGAUGUUCAAUUCAUCAUAAGAAGUCCUACCAUUGCUGAUUCCAUUCCUGUUUUGGCCUCAGGGAUGCUUGCUUGUAGGAUAUGUCCAAAACAAUUUUGGCAUCUUGAUAGUCUGCUACAACAUCAUGAUAUGCAACUUCCGGAAAAGAGGACAGACUGUGGCCAUGUUAUGUUUCAUAUUAUUUGUGAUGUGUGCCUAAUUAGGAGGGAUAAUUGGAUAAGAGCAACCGACAGUAUCAUAUGUUUUUGUGAAACUUGUGAUAAGACCUAUACAUCUCUCCUUCAAUUUAAUCAUCAUGUGAUCUUACUACACGGAGAGAAAAAACAAUGUACUUUUUGUAAAAAAGACUUUUUGCUUAAAAGAGAAUUCAGAGACCAUGUUUGCGAAAGAUUGAAAAAAUUAAAUCAUAGCUAUAAGAUGGAAAAGUUUGUAAUUUGUUAUAAGAUGACUGUACCUUUAAUACAAAGACAAUCAAAGCGACAAAAGCUAAAUGUUCAAAAAGUGAAAGGAAGUACAAAUACUAACAAUGGUAUAAUUUGUAAUAAUUAUGAGGCAGAAGGUGACAACUGUACACGUAAAGCAGAAAAUGACAUCAAUACAACAGAUGGUGGCAAUGGUACACAUUAUUUAGCAGAAGGUGGCAAUGGUGCACAUUAUUUAGCAGGAAAGAAAAAGACAGUAAGCACAAAAGACAGUGCAUCCAAGAUUGUGAAAACUCCAAGUGAAUUAUUCAUAAGAAGUUGCACUUUAACAGAUAGCAAAAGUGAAAAAGAAACAUAUAUUGUCAGAAGAAUUAACACUAAAACAGAGGCUGUCACUAGAAGUAACACUAAAGCAGAGAUGGUCGCUAACAGUAACACUGAAGCAGAAAUGGUCACUUAUAGUAACACUGAUCCAGAAAUGGUCUCUAACAGUAACACUGAUCCAGAAAUGGUCGCUAAUAGUAACACUGAAGCAGUGAUAGUCAAUAACAGUAACACUGAAGCAGAAAUGGUCACUUAUAGUAACACUGAUCCAGAAAUGGUCUCUAACAGUAACACUGAUCCAGAAAUGGUCGCUAAUAGUAACACUGAAGCAGUGAUAGUCAAUAACAGUAACACUGAAGCAAAGAUGGUCACUAAUAGUAACACUGAAGCAGAGAUGGUCACUAAUAGUAACACUGAAGCAGAAAUGGUCACUAAUAGUAACACUGAAGCAGAGAUGGUCACUAAUAGUAACACUGAAGCAGAAAUGGUCGCUAAUAGUAACACUGAAGCAGAGAUGGUGACUAAUAGUAACACAGAAGCAAAGAUGGUCACUAAUAGUAACACUGAAGCAGAAAUGGUCACUAAUAGUAACACUGAAGCAGAGAUGGUGACUAAUAGUAACACAGAAGUAGAAAUGGUCACUUUUAGUAACACUGAAGCAGAUAUGGUCGCUAAUAGUAACACUGAAGCAGAAAUGGUCGCUAAUAGUAACACUGAAGCAGAAAUGGUUGCUUAUAGUAACACUGAAGCAGUGAUGGGCGCUUAUAGUAACACUGAAGCAGAAAUGGUCGCUAAUAGUAACACUGAAGCAGAAAUGGUCACUAAUAGUAACACUGAAGCAGAGAUGGUCACUAAUAGUAACACUGAAGCAGAAAUAGUCACUAGAAUUAAAUCUGAAGUAGAGAUAGUCACUAAUAGUUACACUGAAGCAGAAAUGGUCCCUUAUAGUAACACUGAAGCAGAUUUGGUCACUAUAAUUAAAUCUGAAGUAGCGAUGGUCACUAAUAGUAACACUGAAGCAGUGAUGGUCGCUAAUAGUAACACUGAAGCAGAAAUGAUCGCUAAUAGUAACGCUGAAGCAGAAAUGGUCACUAAUAGUAACAAUGAAGCAGAGAUGGUCACUUAUAGUGUCACUGAAGCAGAAAUGGUCACUACAAUUAAAUCUGAAGCAGAGAUGGUCACUAAUAGUAACACUGAAGCAGAGAUGGUUGCUAACAGUAACACUGAAGCAGUGAUGGUCACUAAUAGUAACACUGAAGCAGAAAUGGUCACUAAAAUUAAAUCUGAAGCAGAGAUGGUCACUAAAAUUAAAUCUGAAGCAGAGAUGGUCACUAAUAGUAACACUGAAGCAGUGAUGGUUGCUAAUAGUAACACUGAAGCAGAAAUUGUCACUAGAAUUAAAUCUGAAGCAGAGAUGGUCACUAAAAGUAACACUGAAGCAGAGAUGGUCGCUAAUAGUAACACUGAAGCAGAGAUGGUCGCCAAUAGUAACACUGAAGUAGAAAUAGUCACUAAUAGUAACACUGAAGCAGAGAUGGUCACUAAUAGUAACACUGAAGCAAAGAUGGUUGCUAAUAGUAACACUAAAGCAGUGAUUGUCGCUAAUAGUAACACUGAAGCAGAAAUGGUCGCUAAUAGUAACACUGAAGCAGAGAUGGUCGCUAAUAGUAACACUGAAGCAGAGAUGGUCGCUAAUAGUAACACUGAAGCAGAGAUGGUCGCUUAUAGUAACACUGAAGCAGAGAUGGUCGCUAAUAGUAACACUGAAGCAGAGAUGGUCGCUUAUAGUAACACUGAAGCAGAAAUGGUCACUAGAAUUCAUUCUGAAGCAGAGAUGGUCGCUUAUAGUAACACUGAAGCAGAAAUGGUCACUAGAAUUCAUUCUGAAGCAGAGAUGGUCGCUUAUAGUAACACUGAAGCAGAAAUGGUCACUAGAAUUCAUUCUGAAGCAGAGAUGGUCGCUCAUAGUAACACUGAAGCAGAAAUGGUCACUAGAAUUCAUUCUGAAGCAGAAAUGGUCGCUAAUAAUAACACUGAAACAGACAUUGUCACAUAUAGUUACACUGAAGCAGAGAUUGUUUUUGGAAGUAACACUGUUCCUGGAAAUUUUAAAAAUCAUACCCAAAUUAAUGAGAUUCAACUUCAAGAUUCAUUUAUAGUUAAAGAGCAGAUAAAAACAACACAGGUCAAUUGUUUCUGCAGCCCAUGCAAAUUAUUUUUUAGUUCUCUCAAGAUGUUAAAUGCACAUGCUUGGAGUGUACACAGACAGAUACAAUGUGUGAUUUGUGAUACAUAUUUUACAAAUCAUUUAGGUAUGUGUAAUCAUGAAUGUGCUAGAGUGAUUGUACAAAUGAAAAUAAAUCCUUUGACUCAAAUAGUUGUACAUUUUGGGUCAGAAGAUAAAAUAUUAGAAAGGAGAGUCAGAGGGCAAUACAAUCAAUGGUAUGUUUUUGUUAAAGAUAAUCCCAAGACAUUAGAAGAGACUAAAACUAAAGAUAUACGUUUACCAUGCUAUUGCAGAACAUGCAAAAUAGGGUUAAUUUCUCUUUCUCAAUUAAAUGAUCACAUCUAUAAUGUGCAUACAACAAGAGCAGAGUGCAUAUAUUGUAAGAUGGAUUUUGAUUCAACUGAAGAAAUGGGUGAUCAUUUUUGUGAAAAAUUGAAUACAAAGUUGAAGGAGGACAUUUUGACUGAAAUUACUGCAUGUCCUUCUUUGGAUCAUUUUGACAAAAGAAAAAGAAGAGGAAUUGAAGUGAUGCCAUGGCUAAGAAUGUCAGCAAAGACACUACGGCAGCUUGCACAGGAGAAGUUAGAUAAGAUCAUGUUUAAAAAAAAAACAUAUGUAAAAAAGACUGAUGAACAAAAAAAAGAGAUAUUUGUAAAAAAGACUGAUGAACAAAAAAAAGAGAUAUUAAACCAAAUUUUGAACAAAGAAAUGAAAAAAACAUUUUAUUGUUUUAAUUCCAAAAGGAAACAAUUUGUCAAAAAAUCCUGUCCAGUUUGCUCUAGGAUUUUUUUUGGGACAUCUGAUCAAAGUCUUUAUGAGCAUUUCUAUAAAAAGCACCAAAAAGACACAAAGUACUGUCGUUUUUGCCAACAGGCAUUUUUUGCUGACAAUCAUGAAUGCAAGAAAGAAAAAGAAGAAAGUUAUAUGAAUAGGAAAGGAAAUAAAAACAAAAUAAAAGAAGAACUAGUUGGAGAAGAAAGCAUCAAUUUACAAAAAUGUCCGCAAUGUUCAUAUAUAAAAAACUUCUGUAAAGAAAACAUUCAUAAUCAAACUUGUACUAGAAAAGUUUGUAUUUCUUGUGAAAACUGCAGGGAAUGCGAAGGUAAAAACUGUUUUUACUGUGGAAAAAUUUUUCAUUUUGAAAGUUUGACCUGGAAACAUGUGGAAAAAAAGCAUAGGUCAACAAAAAGCGGUAUUUUUCACUGUUAUUUAUGUAACAUCACAAUCAACACUUUAGAACAGUUACAACUUCAUGUAAAGACUGUUCACCCUCUCGUGGAUGCCUUGAGCAUUUACCGUAAAAAAACAAAAUAUAGACAAUGUCGACGUAAAAAAAAGAGCAUUGAACAAAAAUUGGCAGAUGCUAAAAAGCAAAGGAAGAAAUAUCAGGAAAAACACAAAGAUAGGUACAAGUGUGAGAUUUGUCAAGAAAAGUUCACUUACUAUAUUAUGCUGAGGAAGCAUAUUGCAAAUGAACAUGAAAGGGAAACUUUUGACUGCAAUAUAUGUAACAUCCAGUUUAAGCAUAAAAAAACAUUAGAAAGACACCAAAUGAAGGGACAUUUGAACGUAUGUGAAAAAGAGAAACCUAAACAUACCUGUUUUGUUUGUGACAAGAAGUAUUUGACCUCAAAAAGUUUGAGAAGACACAAGUUCAAGGAACAUUUAAUUGAGGACAAACAUAUUUCCAAGUUGAGGGAAAAUAUUGCUUGUGAGCAAUGUGGUAAAAUUGUGAUGAGAAAGUGUAUGAGGUUACAUUUACUGGUUCAUCAAGAAAAAGAGUUUAUGUGUGAAGUUUGUGGAGAGAAGUUUCGUAGACCUGAUGAUUUGAAAAGGCAUAGGCAAAAACAUAUAAGGAAAAAAUAUGUGCUCAAGUCCGAAACAUCAGGGUAUAAAUGCUUAAUAUGUGGGUUGAUUUUAUCUACCAAUGGUGCAAUAAAAAGACAUUUUAGUUUGAAACAUUCAAGUGAAAAGAUUGCUAUACCAUGCAAAAUCUGUGGCAGAUUAUAUGCAAGUAAACCUGUGUUAGAUAUACACAUGAAACUGAAACAUUCUGACAAAUCUUUCCAAUGUGAAAUAUGUAGUAAGACAUUCUAUUACAAUUACCUGCUUAAAAAUCAUGUAAAGAUCGUUCAUGAAAAUUAUAAGCCUUUUCAGUGUGACAUUUGUAAUUUCAGGUGUUAUAUGAAAUCUGCACUUGUAUCACAUAUGAAAUACAAUCAUUAAUUCAGCUUUAUACUAUAGCUGGGUGUUGUUUAUGUGCAUUUGUGAUCCAGGAAGUUGUUCAGGGGAUGGAAAAAAAACUUUUGUUUAAUGAAGAAAAAAAAUAUGUGAAUGUUUCAUGGUGUUCCAGGGUUGGAAUAUCCCCACUUUUAGAUUACUGCAUUGGUGUACCAAACUAUAUUUAUUUUAAUGUUUGUGAAAUUGAACCAUUAUUAUGAUAACAUUAGUCAUAGAAAAGUGCAAUUGAUGUUACUUUUUGCAAGAAAACAUUUUUCUUUUUAGAAAACAUUUUUAUUUUUUUUAUUUUAUUAAAAUAAAUUAAAGAUCUAUCUUUUCCUAUUUUAUUUCAAAAUUUAAAUUCUGUCUCAAAGAUGUCUUUGUAUGCACAAAAAUGUGUUUUUUCAUGAACAAUCAAAGCAAAUUUUGGAAAUUUUGAACAAAUCAACUACCUUGAAAAAUAGCACAGUGACCCAUAAUUUAAUUUUUUUUUUUAAAAAGCAACAUCAAAUCUUCAUUUUGGCAAAGAAUAAAAAAAAAUUGUAAUUUUUUUUUUCGGAUACCCCUGCUUUACUUUAACUUUUAGAAAUAUCUUCUUCUCUGAAUUAACUAGGCCAAAUUUAAGCAGGAAAACAUAUACUGACAUAUUGUUCCCAGAUUUAACUAAUUUACGUAAUCAUUAGGGUAUCUUGUUCAAAGGAUGCGUCUAAUGACCCAUCUUUCCUAGCCAAGGUUUAUGGUUAAGUCUUCUCUACUUAACCACAAUAGAUAGAUAAAAUCUGAUGUGGGCAAAUAUGUAUAGAUUAUUGAGCUCCACCCUUUUGUCCAUUUUUAAGUCAAAACUAUUACAUGACUUCUUAUUGGAGUUACUGCCCUUAAUUGACAAUUUUACACCUUUUCUCAUUUUUUGGCUUAUUUUUUAGACAACUAUUAUAGAUAAUGAUAUAUUCAUAAUUAUAAGAAUGAUCCACACGACAAAAUCCACAAAAAAGUCAUUAGUCUGAAGUUAUAAGUCACCAUCUUAUAGAGUUAUUGCCCUUUUCAGACGAUUUUUACUAAAAAUAAAUUAGAUUAAUAGAAAUUUAAAAGUAAAAAUAACAAGACAAAAGUGUGUUGACUCAUGAUAGGAGCGAUUACCCUUGAAUGAUGACUUUUUUUACCCUCUUCUAUUUUGGGCAAAAACUAAAGAGGAUGAAGAGAAAUUGUUAACUAAAAUAAUAUCAGAUCAACUGAAAGGUUUUUUUGUCAUGAAAUCUAUUCCAGCCUACUGUUGAAGAUACACAUAAGAUCUAUGUGAGCAACACUGGCUUUUUAGUGUCUCUAAUUAAGUUUAUCUAUAGCAGAAUUUAUAAGAAGGAUAUA